AUGGUUAAAUUCAACUUGGAGGGAGCGAGUGCCGCCGGCCGAUUGGGGAAAAUUAGUCAAUGGGGCUCUAAAUCAAUUGAACAUGCGACACCAUCGUGUAUGUUGUACUUGCGGGCUGGACAUGUACCACAUCUUACGUGGCAGGUGGAAACAAAAUGGAUCAGUCACCUACAGUCGCCCAUUUAUCAACUAACCCUGCCGAGUCUUGUCGAGUCGAAAGAGGUGAUUGCUAAAUUUAAACGUGGAAUCGCUGCUUUCUGUGCUAUUCCAAAUGGACCACUUCAUCUUGCUACAUUCGACCCGAUGGAUGAGCUGAAGACUGGUUACAAUGAGGCGAAAACGAUUGCUAUUUGGGCAAGCGGCGGAAAAGUUAAACUUGGUGUUUAUGAGCAACAUGAGAUCGUGAAAAGCUUUGGGGUCGAUAGCUUUGAAACAUUGAUUGAUUACGAUGUUCCGCGAGAUGUCACGAAUAAACGAAUGAGCAAAGCAAUGGACCGAACAAAGAUCCUCAAUGAGCAAACAUUCGAAUAUGAAGAAAAUUUGGCGACUCCUGUUUUCAUCUCGCUCGGUGGCGGUUUCUCGGCUUUUCAAAGAAGGAAGUGCGCUGUCGAUAAUGGAAUGCGCAAAGAAGACGAUGAAAUGGUAGCUGGUUAUUCGCUAGAGUUGCAUGACUUUUGGGACGGUGGAUGCUGGGAUGUCGAGGAGUUGAAGAAAUUAUUGAGUGAAACCUUCGAGCCGUUGCCAAAACAAAGGCUUCGAUAUGUUUGCGGUCCAUUUUCACCAAAGCAGGUCUGGCAUUUGGUGCAAUUGGGGGUCGAUCUCUUUGAUACGUCGUAUGCUGUGAAAAUGGCUGAAAAAGCAAAAGCAAUCCGGCUUAACGAUAGUUAUGCGACAAAUGGCGAUUUUGAGUUAAUGGAUUUUACGCUGGACCAAUACAAAGAUGAUUUCACGACACCUUACAAGGAGUGCCAGUGUUACACGUGUAAGAACUACACACGUGGAUAUCUACAUCAUUUGAAUAACACCAAGGAGCUGUUGUGUAGCAUACUUUUGGUCAUACACAAUGUGCACGAGUACGAGCGAUCGUUUGCAAUGUUACGAGAAAGAAUUUCAAAAGAAUGCUCAACA